AUGAGCUCAUUUCUCACCAACGGUGGGUACCAACCUCAACCGGAUCCCAAAUUCCCGCCUUCCGAGGAGUACAGCCAAGCAGAUUACAUACCCCCAGGAGAGUAUUACCAACACCAACAUUUGCAAUACGGAUACCAGCACCAAUAUGCCCCAGUUCAAAUUGGGACAGGUUAUGGAUAUGGAGGGUAUUAUCAUCCAUUACCGCAGCACCCACCUGUCGCCCCGCCUCCAAGGCCUCCAGAACCGUCGCAUCCAUCCGACGCCGACCACGGCUACCCAGCCCAUAACCCUGACACUGCUCCAGGUUUAGCAGAACUUGGUUUAAGGCUAGAGAGACAUAUUGAAGAGGCUGCACCUGCAGGAAGAAAACUGCAUGCCUUGGGACGAGAAGGCUCCCCUGGGUCAGAGCUCGAUGAUGAAAGACUUCUUCUAGAUUCUCCACCUGUAGAAGAUGACGAUUCCUCUAUAUGUUCAGAUAAUACAGACAGGGUAAUUUAUCCAUGGAUGAAGAAGAUUCAUGUUGCUGGUGCCUCCAAUGGCCAGUUUCAACCUGGAAUGGAACCGAAGCGCCAACGCACAGCCUACACAAGACACCAAAUACUAGAACUUGAAAAAGAAUUCCACUACAAUCGAUACCUUACGCGAAGAAGAAGAAUAGAGAUAGCUCACACUCUAGUCUUAUCGGAGAGACAAAUCAAAAUCUGGUUCCAAAACAGAAGGAUGAAGUGGAAGAAAGACAAUAAAUUGCCCAACACCAAAAAUGUGAGGAGAAAAACCAAUCCAGCAGGCGUCACUACAACCACGACUAAGGGCACACCAAAGAGUAGAUCAAAUAAGAAUACAAAUAACAAUGAUAAGAAAAAAUCAAACAAUAAUGGCCGACCGGACAGUAUAGAAAAUGUUACAGAUAACAUAAUGAAUGAUUUACAUUGUGUUGGAGCUCAACAAAAUUUGUCGCACGAUCCAGCGAUCAGUCCAAUGUCUCACCCAGGGAGCCAGAUGAAUCCAGGGCACCCCAUGACACCGCAUCACCUUCACAUGAUGAGCAUGCACGGAGGCAUGGACCCGGCUCUGCUUGCUAACCUCGCAGCCCACGGGUCACCCGUCGGCACGGCAGGCUGCGGCACUGGCAUCCCAUCCAAUCAACCAGUCAUCAAAUCAGACUACGGUCUAACCGCCUUAUAA